UGCUUGAAUUCAAAGUAAUAUAAAUGACCAAAUAACAGAUUCAAUAUAUUUAGGCAAACCUUCACUAAGGAAUUUCUAAAUGUACAUUAAGUAAAAUUGAAAUCUCUUUUUACAGGGCCUGCAGCUGUUUCUGGCGUCACGGCAAUUGGAAACACAACUGCAAUGACAGUGAGCUGGAAAGAAGCAGUGGGACUGGUGGGCUCGUACGCUGUAUUGCUUUUCAGAGACAAUCUCAUGGUGAAAAACGUCACAGACCUGAGCAACUUUACUACGAAUGUGGGGUUUACGGAUCUGAUACCUGGAGUGCUUUACUGUGUGGAAGUGGUCACCACAAGUGGACCUUUAAUGAACGCAGCCUCAAGGGUCUGCAACGCAACUUGGCCUGCAGCUGUUUCUGGCGUCACGGCAAUUGGAAACACAACUGCAAUGACAGUGAGCUGGAAAGAAGCAGUGGGACUGGUGGGCUCGUACGCUGUAUUGCUUUUCAGAGACAAUCUCAUGGUGAAAAACGUCACAGACCUGAGCAACUUUACUACGAAUGUGGGGUUUACGGAUCUGAUACCUGGAGUGCUUUCCUGUGUGGAAGUGGUCACCACAAGUGGACCUUUAAUGAACGCAGCCUCAAGGGUCUGCAACGCAACUUGGCCUGCAGCUGUUUCUGGCGUCACGGCAAUUGGAAACACAACUGCAAUGACAGUGAGCUGGAAAGAAGCAGUGGGACUGGUGGGCUCGUACGCUGUAUUGCUUUUCAGAGACAAUCUCAUGGUGAAAAACGUCACAGACCUGAGCAACUUUACUACGAAUGUGGGGUUUACGGAUCUGAUACCUGGAGUGCUUUACUGUGUGGAAGUGGUCACCACAAGUGGACCUUUAAUGAACGCAGCCUCAAGGGUCUGCAACGCAACUUGGCCUGCCGCUGUUUCUGGCGUCAUGGCAAUUGGAAACACAACUGCAAUGACAGUGAGCUGGAAAGAAGCAGUGGGACUGGUGGGCUCGUACGCUGUAUUGCUUUUCAGAGACAAUCUCAUGGUGAAAAACGUCACAGACCUGAGCAACUUUACUACGAAUGUGGGGUUUACGGAUCUGAUACCUGGAGUGCUUUACUGUGUGGAAGUGGUCACCACAAGUGGACCUUUAAUGAACGCAGCCUCAAGGGUCUGCAACGCAACUUGGCCUGCAGCUGUUUCUGGCGUCACGGCAAUUGGAAACACAACUGCAAUGACAGUGAGCUGGAAAGAAGCAGUGGGACUGGUGGGCUCGUACGCUGUAUUGCUUUUCAGAGACAAUCUCAUGGUGAAAAACGUCACAGACCUGAGCAACUUUACUACGAAUGUGGGGUUUACGGAUCUGAUACCUGGAGUGCUUUACUGUGUGGAAGUGGUCACCACAAGUGGACCUUUAAUGAACGCAGCCUCAAGGGUCUGCAACGCAACUUGGCCUGCAGCUGUUUCUGGCGUCACGGCAAUUGGAAACACAACUGCAAUGACAGUGAGCUGGAAAGAAGCAGUGGGACUGGUGGGCUCGUACGCUGUAUUGCUUUUCAGAGACAAUCUCAUGGUGAAAAACGUCACAGACCUGAGCAACUUUACUACGAAUGUGGGGUUUACGGAUCUGAUACCUGGAGUGCUUUACUGUGUGGAAGUGGUCACCACAAGUGGACCUUUAAUGAACGCAGCCUCAAGGGUCUGCAACGCAACUUGGCCUGCAGCCGUUUCUGGCGUCACGGCAAUUGGAAACACAACUGCAAUGACAGUGAGCUGGAAAGAAGCAGUGGGACUGGUGGGCUCGUACGCUGUAUUGCUUUUCAGAGACAAUCUCAUGGUGAAAAACGUCACAGACCUCAGCAACUUUACUACGAAUGUGGGGUUUACGGAUCUGAUACCUGGAGUGCUUUACUGUGUGGAAGUGGUCACCACAAGUGGACCUUUAAUGAACGCAGCCUCAAGGGUUUGCAACGCAACUUUUCCCAACCCUCCUGGCCCCAUCAUGGUGGAGUCUCAGACCGUGAACUCCAUCAACUUCACCUGGCCCUUUCCAGGGGGCAUGGAUUAUACCCAGUACAACUUCAGUGUGUCCAGCCAUAACGGUUCCUCUGUGAUCAGUAAAAACUGGUAUGUGCUGCAAAACCUCGAGUCUGGAAGCCCCUACAAUCUCUCUGUUGUUACUGUAGGCGUGUUGCACUAUGAGAGCACUGCAGUGACCACAUUCAAAUACACCAGACCGUUGAGUGUGAACAAUCUUACGACUUCUACAGAAGAGGACAGCAUCACUGUCAUGUGGGAGAAACCUGAUCAAUACAAGGAAAGCUAUUGUUACAUUCUGAGCUGGCACAGCUCAGAUGAGUCUAUUAGGAAUACACCAAUAACAAGAUUUUAUUCUAAAAUUAAUGACCUGGUUCCUGGCAAACAAUACAACAUAAGCGUCACCACAGAGACCGUUGAUGGAACGGAAGGUGCUCCAAUAUGGAUUUCCGUCUGCACAAAUGCAGGCGCGGUGAAAGACUUGAUAUGUGAUGGUCCAGACACAACAAUCGCUCAAGUCAUCCUGUCCUGGAAAAAAAACAAUGGCCAAAACUCUGGCUUCAAGGUCACUGUAAACAACGGCGAGACCGUCAACUAUACACACUCCUGCUGUAAUUAUACUGUGUCCAACCUUCGUCACAAUACCAGUUACAAUCUGUCUGUGGAGACUCAGAGCUGUGGAUUACCCAGCCGCCCUGAGACUCGCCUCUGCUGGACAGGCAUCACAAAUCCACCCAUUCCAAAGAACUAUCAGGACCUUGUGGUGGUGACAAACAAAGAAUACAACAAGUUCAGUCUUCAGAUCAAAAGAGGUCUGCUGGACAGCAUCAAUGGGCCAAUUACACAUGUUGGGGUGCUGGUGACACAAACGGACCCUGGUGCCUCUGAUUUAACAACGUACGUGAGCAAAACGUACCAAGAGUGGAAGGAACAGGCUACUCAAGUAUACAUGGCUACAGUUAAAAAUUUAACUGAGACCACCGUUACAUCACGCAGUGAAGAGGGACCUCUGGACAUAGAGAUAGGAAGCGAAAACAAAUGGGGGGCCUACUUUAAUGGUCCUUUGGAAGCCAAUGAAAAAUACCAAUAUGCUAUUGUGUUGUUCACACGUCUGACUCUGGAUAACCAGUUGGUGACUGGUAAACUGUUGGCUGCAACAAAGUUUUAUAAUUUUGUACAACUCCCACAGAACCCAGUUGUCAUUAGCAUUGCUAUUGGAGUGACAUUGGGAAUUUUUUGCGUUCUCUUGAUCAUCCUCAUCGGCUUUAUUAUCUACUGGAAAAGGUUAUCCAACAAAGAUUCGCCCGACAUCCAGAUUCAUUCCCUGAGAGCCAAAGUAAGUGUGGCUGUGAGGGUGGAGGAGUUCGAAGCUUACUACAAGAAGCAGAAAGCAGACUCAAGUUGUGGCUUUGCUGAAGAAUUUGAGGACAUGAAGCUCGUUGGAACAGCUCAGUCAAAAACACAAGCUCUGACUUUGGAGAACAAACCAAAGAACCGCUAUAACAACGUGCUUCCAUAUGACUCUUCUAGGGUGAAGCUCUCUAUCAUCCAUGGGAGUCCAUAUGAGGACUACAUCAAUGCUAACUACAUGCCGGGUUACAACUCCAGGAAGGAGUACAUCGCCGCCCAGGGUCCUUUGCCCGCCACAGUCAACGAGUUCUGGAGGAUGAUCUGGGAGAAGAACGUACAGACUCUGGUCAUGCUGACACGCUGUAAUGAACAGGGACGAGUGAAGUGCGAGCAAUACUGGGAUCACGGCACAAAGCACUUUGACAAAAUUACUGUGACAACAUCCUCUGAAAUUGAACUUGAGGACUGGACCAUCAGGGACUUUUACGUUAAAAAUGUUAAGACAGCAGAGACCCGUUUAGUGCGUCAUUUCCACUUCACGGCGUGGCCGGAUCACGGGGUACCACAAACCACAGAGCUUCUCAUCAGCUUCAGACACUUGGUCCGAGAGCACAUGGACCAGUACUCCAGAAACUCUCCUACUGUGGUCCACUGCAGUGCUGGUGUGGGACGCACAGGUACCUUCAUCACCAUCGACCGCUUGAUCUUCCAGAUCGAAAGGGAAAACCUUGUGGACGUGUACGGCAUCGUGCACGACCUGCGCAUGCACCGGCCCCUUAUGGUGCAGACAGAGGACCAGUAUGUGUUCUUAAACCAGUGUGCCCUGGACAUCAUCAGAUCAAGAACUGGAAACAAUGUGGAUCUAAUCUACCAAAACAGUGCUGCAAUGUCUAUUUAUGAGAAUAUAGAUCCAACAACAGGUUACCUUCGUGCAUAGGCCCAAGAGAACACUCAGGUCUUCUACUUCUCUUUUUACUCUUAACAAAAGAACGUGCAAGAGGAAUGCUUUAAUGCAAUUGCGCUCUAUUUAUUGUUGUGCACACCUUUUGUUGAGAACCGUGUAGCUUUCUGGAUCCAAACCAACAUUUUGUGGUAUUUAUAAAUUGUAAAUGUAAGAUAUUUGUAAAAGAAGGGAGCUGGAAAUGGAGAUGCAACAGGGGGCAUAAUCACUGACCGAUGAUUUUAGGAUUAAUUAUAAACUUUGGUCAAAUAUAAGAUCUCUCUUAUAACUGCAGGUUUUUUUAUCACUCUUUUUUUUAUUCAGCUUUUUUUUGACUUAAAGAUGAUUAAGUUUUCUGCUCAGGUAAUAAGUUAAACGCUGUGUAGAUAUUUUUCAAAACUUGUAUGCUUUGGUGCCAGUAGGUGGCACUCACAGUGUUUUGAUAUUUCCUUGUAACUAAAGCUUUAGGUUUAAGUCAGAUCAUGCAGUUAAUAAUUUUUUAUCAUGGACGUAAAGCAAAUUGAAAAUUUACAAUGUCUUUUAAUGAAAGAGUUCCCUUUACUGUUUGUUGUAGUUGCACUGUAAUGAAUAAUGCACUGGCUGCAUUGCUGAUUCUAUGAACUGUCCACUUUUUUAACUAUACAACUAUUUUCGUAUCGUUGACUACAUUCUGGCCGAUGCUUUGUGAAACAGUUUUGCUAAGACUAGUCGCAAAACCGCCAUUUGCCCAAGAUGCAAUGGACACUUUGGUCAAAUUUAUUUUACUUGUUUUGUUUGGUUUGGAUCGCAAAAAAAAUAAACUCAGGGACUUAAAACAACAGCAGUUGCACAUUCUGCUGGUGAGAUAUGUUGUUGGAAAUGACAAACAACAGCUUGUUGCUUUUGUUUUGUUGAUGUCCUUCUCUAGAAUGUACAUUCUUCAAAGAAACAACCAUGUCAUGUCACUUCCUGCCGCAUAUCUUGUCUAUCUGAGACAAAUAGAGACGUCAGACAGAUUAUUUCCUUCCAGCUUCUAAAGGAGCCAAAUGUUCCAUGAGGCAGCUACGCUUUUUAUGUAAUUAGCCUGUAGAGAUUUUUUGAAUGAAUGUUCACUGAAAGCACUUAAUGAAAACAAGGAAAUAGUCACAAAGUUGUGUUUUUUAAAUGCUUUAUGCUUGCUGGUACAAUGCAAAUAAAUGUAAAAUGAAGAUUAAAUAUUUGUCAGCCCUUGAAUCUGCAAAAGUGGGAUUAAGGAUGCAUCGUUUUACUAACUAAGGUUUCCUCCCCCUUUAGCAGCACCUUGGAGGUGUUGGUAUUGGGUUUGUUGAUAGAUAUUCAUAUAUUAUAUAUUACCCAUAUUCAUUCAUGCAUAACGUUGGAAGUCUGAAGUUAUAUUUCUCUCCAUCCUCAUGUAAGCAUCUGGUUACAGACCUGUCUCAGCUAGAAUGGUUAUAACAUUUACAGAUUUGCUUCCCAGUUAGUUUGGCCCCAAUCAACCCACUUUACCGCUGCUUUGAGAUGUGAGCUCAGGCUGCAGGACUCUGAGGCUGUUAUCUGGUCAAAUAAAUUUAAUUAAAGAAAAUAAAAAUGUACAGGGCCAAUGUACUUUGUUAUUUUUGAUACCCUUGAUCUUUCCCAACCUCAAAAUGAUUAAGCGGAAAAAAACAGAUUAGCUUUAUUCACCAUCAACCUUAACAUGCUUGUUUAUUGUUGGUUUUGAUUAUCAUUCUGUAUCUCGUGAAUAGUUGACAAACUCCAGAUUUCUCCAGUUUGAAUCACGUUACCAAUUUCAGAACAUUUCAAGCUUUUAAUUUCGGUUCAUUACAUCUGCUAACUUGACUGUGCAUAAAAAAACAGUUCUAGAAUGCACAUUAGCUAAGUACUUGGUGUCUGCAUCUAAUCACCCAUAAUUGUAAGCUAAACAAAUGAUACUUAUUAAGUAUUACUAAGUAGCUAACAUUAGUUGUGCAGAAGUUCCAUAUUUUAAACUUAACCUGACCAAUGUACCAUAACCGAGAUAUUAAGUAAACAAUAUGUUUGUUUAUUGUUUUAUUUGUGUAAUGUAACCAUUAUGUUGGUUUGUCCAAUCCGAGCUAAUGUCAUUGAGAAUAUUGUAUUAUCUGUGUCUAAGAAGGUACUUUCUUCAAAAAUAAACCCUUAAUGUGUGA